GGAUGGUAUGCCCGCAUACGACGCAAGCUUGCACAGCCAUCAUUGGAUCCUCCACCUACCUCCUCCGUCAUCAGCGAUCUCGCCAAUUCUCCAGCUCGCUCGCCUUCGCACUCAACGUCAAUAGCACUGCGCGCGAAGCUCUAGGACUGACCACAACCUUUCACCAACCGACUUGUUUUUCUCUACCAAAAAUCUAUUGAUUGCAGCAACAGUCAAGACGCCUUCGUUUCCGAGGCAAAACCCUCAACAAUGGCGUCAUUAAACCUUUCCAUAAACGGUCCGUCAAUCAAGAGCAGCUACCAAGGUGUCGUCAACGGCCAGCCCCCGUCCUCAAGCUCCCCUACAUUUGCGCAAUGGGCUCUCUUCUCUGUCCAGGCGCCACUUUUGAAUGCUUUUCAGGAUAGCGGCUCAAAGGAAAGCGUCCUCAAGGUUGAGUCCAAGGGCGAUGGCGAACUCUCUGAGCUUCUCGAGGACUUCAACGAGGGUCGUAUUCAGUUCGCGUUCGUCAAAGUCAAGGACACAAAUUCGGGUCUUCCCAAGAACGUGCUUAUUGCAUGGUGCGGCGGAGGAGUUCCAGAAAGAACCAAGGGCUACUUUACCAGCCACCUCGCCGCCGUUUCCAAAGUCCUGCACGGAUACCACGUCCAAAUCACUGCCCGCUCUGAUGCGGACUUGAGCCCUGAGUCUAUUAUCCAAAAGGUCGCCGAUGCGUCUGGCGCCAAGUACACUGCCGGCGGAUCAGCCCCAUCCCCGGCCCCCGCCGGCGGUGCUCCUCCCAUCGCGAAGAAGCCGGUUUUCACGCCCAAGACCUCAAGCGGUGCAGGCUCCUUCAACCCGCUUGUCGAGGCCCGACGGAGAAAAGAUGAAGAAGUGGAUGCGGAUGGUUGGGGAGCGGAUGCGCCUCCCGUUAACCGGACCGAGAUCCAGCGAGUCGAAUCGGCCUACAAGCCUACCAAAGUUAACAUGGCGGAGCUGGUAAAGCAGAAGCAGGAGCCCUCGAGGUUUAACGGUGGCAGUGCCGCUCAGGAUGACAGGCCUGAGGUGGUCAGGGGAGCCUACCAACCUGUAGGCAAGGUUGACAUUGCAGCUAUCCGAGCUGCGGCAAAGGAAAAGCCGGAUGACCGACCUACAGUCGUCAAGGGUGCGUAUGAGCCCGUCGGCAAGGUCGAUAUUGCAGCCAUCAGAGCCAAGGCUCAGAAACCCGCAGCCGAUGACAGCGAAGACAGACCCAAGACACUUUCGGAACGGAGCAGUGCGUUCUCUGCGCCGCAAUCCGAGAGGCUGGCGUCUUUGCCAAAGCCGAAGGUGGCCAACAAAUUUGCCGGGGCAUCUUCGUUCACUGGCACGAAAGCACCAGUUCCUGGUGCCUUUGGCCUGGCUUCUCCCUCGGUCUCAGUUCCCGCACCGCCUCCAGUCGGUGCUGCAAGUCGUACCUUUGCCGACCAAGGAGGCAAGACUCCUGCGCAGCUCUGGGCCGAGAAGAAAGGCAAGCAAGGGCUUACGCCUACCUCUACGGGAGCUCCAGCGCCAGGCCCUGCGUCUCCUGUGGCUGCCCAGAAGAGCGGCGGUGGUGGGUGGCAGAGCGGUUAUCAGGGUAAGAGCUGGGGCACUGUGCAGACGACCAACUUUGGCCGCGGGGGCGCCGCAGUUGUUGAGCAGAGGACCGGAGGCGAUGACCAGGAGCCAGAGCGAGAGCAGGAGAAGCCAGCAUCACCCGCUGGGGUGUCAUCCAUCCGCGAUCGCUUUAAAGAGGCUCCUCCCAUGGGCAGCGCCGCUCCAAGCGCACCCAAAGCCCCCGACGGGGGCGAUCGCAGCGUCGAUGAGCCCACUGCUCCGCCUCCAAACAUGUCAAACCGCCCAGUCGCCCCUGCUGGCGGUUUUGCACUUCCAGGUCUGCCACAACGCCCACCUGAGCCGGAAGAGGAGGAAGAAGAGCCCGAAAGGUCUCCGUCGCCCCCUCGCGUUGCGAUGCCUGUUCCUCGCGGACCCGAACCCGAAAUCGAACCGCCAGCUCCUGAGCCUACCAUUCCAGCCCGUGAGAUCGAGCGUGCGCUUCCCAAAGAGGAGGAGCUUGAGGAGGAGCACGACACCCAGGCGCGAACGGCAGCCACCGCGGUCGCUGAGCAGCAGUUUGGCCAGGCUCAAGUCGCAGCAGGUCAAUCAUCCGCCGGCGGAGGAAAGCGUGCAUUGAUUCAAUACGACUACGAAGCGGCUGAGGACAACGAGAUAGAGCUUGUGGAUGGUCAGUACGUCACCGAUAUCGAGAUGGUGGACGAGGACUGGUGGAUGGGUACAAACUCCCGAGGCGAGCGUGGACUGUUCCCCAGCAACUAUGUCGAGCUUGUUGAAGAUGAUGAUGCUGGCGCCGCUGCGCCACCGCCACCGGCACCUGCUCCAGCACAGGCUUCUGUUGCUAUCCCUGCCCCUGCCGCUCCUGCUGCUGCUCCUGCUGCCGCACAAGCACAGGCGGCGAAGGGCCCGACGGCCACAGCUCUAUACGACUAUGAAGCCGCGGAAGAUAAUGAGCUGAGCUUCCCCGAAGGAGCAAAAGUAAUGAACCUCGAGUUCCCUGACGAAGAUUGGUGGUUCGGGCACUUCCAGGGCAAGUCAGGCCUGUUCCCUGCAAACUACGUAGAGCUUGAUCAGUAGAUCGACGCCAGCGAAGUAAAUUGAACGAUAUCCGGCAAACCGGCAAAUAUGCCGAGAUCAAAUGGUGGAGACUUUGAGCCUUGCGGUCUUAUGAAAAUCACAACAAGACUUGGUGGAGUCUUAACAUGCUGGGCCGAGCUUCAUUCCAACCCGGUACUGCGGUAUCUAAAACAGCAGAAUUUGAUAGCAGUUGCUCUAUCUGGACUACAAAUAUGUCAAUUUGUUUGUUUCGCAAGUUUCGCUCUGUCUUGUGUGAGGUUUUGUUACUCAUGUGGUUAUUGUAGUAAGUCUGCAAGAAUUACCAUGAGAUGUAGACCCAACUGCAGGUCUAACAUGGCUUCAUGAACGAAAGAAAGGUAUAUAGUUAUACAGAGAGGCUGCAAUCUAGCAAGCAUGCGCGAUAAAAACGAAAGCUAUGACGAGCACA